AGCAAAGUGCUAUGGAUUGACAGUUAGUCUGAAGAAGACCCAAGGGUAUGGACCAGCCUGCAUCCGGUAAACUCCACACGUACCUAAGGAUAUCCAUCGGCGACCCAGAGUUGAAUGCCGUCACUGGGUAGCACGUUGUCCAGUGGUGCAAAGAUAGACAAGGAGGUAGAAAAACGAAUCAAGAGAGUUAGAGUAUCCUUUGGAAGACCGAAAGACUGAGUGUGGCACCACCAUGGCAUCAGGAUUCAGACCAGAUGAAAGUCUAUAGGGCAGUCUUAGUGUCCAACCUUCUUUAAGGCCGUGAAACUGGACCUACCACAGAUUCCACCUGCAAUACUUAGCAUCGAGGCAGGAUCACGAGCAAUGAAGUCCUGGAGUGCCACCGGACUGCCAGUGUUGAAGCAGUGUCCCUUGAGGGCAGGGACCCUGGUAUUGCCGUCGUCUUCUGUUGUGCCCUCCCGAGCACCUGGUCCAGUGCUCUUCACACAGUAGAUGCUCAAUAGAUGCCGAUGAUGAUUAUAUCACACCUUUGCUAAGUGGGACCUGUGAGGAGAACAGACAACACUAGAAUACCCAAACUAUUGCUCUCUGGCGCGCUAAAGAGGGGAAACUGUAAAGAGGGUGGACGGAAGAAACGCAAUGAAGCAAAACCUCAAACAACAUGGCAUUGCAACGGACAGCGGGGAGACGACAGCCGAAGACCGAGCAGCCUGGCCGAACACCAGUCAGAAACGGGGUGACCGUUUUGGAGCCGAGGCUUCGGAGAGAUCGCGGCUCCAAGAGGGAGAAAUGAAAACAGCACCAGGCACAAUUUUCUGUCUUUUGGGAUGGUGACACCCUUGGUUCCUGAAUGAAUUAGUUCAUUUAGUGACUCAUCUGUAAUGUAAUUUUGCCAUUAUCAUGUUAAACAAUUAAACAGCCGUGAUAUACAAGAAGACAAGUGGGCAGCGAAUUCAGAGUCCCAGAAAGGAAAAUGAGAGCAGAGUAAGCCGAACGAGUCCCUCCCCCCGGCCCUCCUGCUCCCCACCAUGAACCACUUGGAAGGCCCCCCCGAGGUGGAGGCGAGCGACGAGCCCGGGAGCGGCGAGGUGAACGAAUCAGUGGAGGCUGACCUCGAGCACUCGGAGGUGGAGGAGGAGCAGCAGCGGCGGCGGCGGCGGCAGCAGCAAUAUGCGGCCUCCUUCCCCCGGGACCAGGCCGGGGAAGACCAGGAGGGCCAGCCUGGGCAGCAGCAGCAGCAGCAGCUCCAGGAGGAGGAGGAGCGAGGCGGGACCCUGGCUCGGUCAGCCAGCACGGAGAGCGGCUUCCACAACCACACUGAUACGGCAGAGGGGGACGUGAUCGCCACGGCGGAGGACAGCUACGACCCGGACCGGGUCCAAGAGAACGAGGACGAGAGCGCCUACGGAGUGCAGUACCGGCCCGAAGCGGAGGAGUACACGGAGAACGCCGAGGCCGAGCAUGCGGAGGCCACCCACCACCGGGCGCUGCCCGACCGCUUGCAGUUUCACGCCCUCGAGCCCGAGGAGGCCAUGAAUGCCGCCUACUCGGGCUACGUCUACACCCACCGGCUCUUCCACCGGGGGGAGGACGAGCCCUACGCCGAGCCCUACGCCGACUAUGGCGGCCUGCAGGAGCACGUGUACGAGGAGAUCGGGGACACCCCGGACUUGGACGUGCGGGACGGUCUGCGGCUGUACGAGCAGGAGCGGGAGGAGGCCGACAACUACCGCAAGGAGGCCCUGGGGGCCCGGCUCCAUCACUACGACGAGCGCUCCGACGGGGAGUCGGACAGCCCCGAGAAGGAGGCCGAAUUCGCCCCUUACCCCCGGAUGGACAGCUACGAGCAGGAGGAAGACAUUGACCAGAUCGUAGCCGAAGUCAAGCAGAGCAUGAGCUCUCAGAGCCUGGACAAGGCGGCCGAGGACAUGCCGGAGGCAGAGCAGAACUUGGAGCGGGCCCCCACUCCGGGCGGCGAGGAGCCCGAGAGCCCGGGCCAGCCCCCGAGCGGACCCCGCCCCGCCGUCAACGCCAAUGAGGCGGUGCAACGGUACAGCAAGGAGAAGAGGGACGCCAUCUCGUUGGCCAUCAAGGACAUUAAGGAGGCCAUCGAGGAAGUGAAGACGAGAACCAUCCGCUCGCCUUACACCCCGGAUGAGCCCAAGGAACCCAUCUGGGUCAUGCGGCAGGACAUCAGUCCAACCAGGGACUGUGAUGACCAGAGGCCAGCAGAUGGAGAUUCUCCAUCUCCUGAUUCUUCUUCACCCCGAGGUGCCGAAUCGUCAAGUAGGCAACAUCAGCAGGAUGACACGGCAGAACCUUCCACUAAUAAAGAGUCAAGAAAAAGCUUGGCUUCAUUCCCAACCUACGUAGAAGUUCCUGGGCCCUGUGAUCCUGAGGAUUUAAUUGAUGGAAUCAUUUUUGCGGCCAACUACCUGGGCUCUACCCAGCUGCUAUCUGACAAAACUCCCUCCAAGAAUGUGCGAAUGAUGCAGGCCCAGGAAGCAGUGAGCAGAAUUAAGAUGGCCCAGAAAUUGGCCAAAAGCAGGAAGAAGGCUCCUGAAGGUGAAUCUCAACCCAUGACCGAGGUGGAUCUCUUCAUUUCAACCCAGAGGAUCAAAGUAUUGAAUGCGGACACCCAGGUUUCUCUCCCCCAUCAGGAAACGAUGAUGGACCAUCCUCUGCGGACCAUUUCCUACAUUGCUGAUAUUGGGAAUAUCGUCGUGCUGAUGGCCCGUAGACGGAUGCCCCGUUCCAAUUCCCAGGACAACGUGGAGGCCUCUCACCCAUCUCAGGAUGGGAAGCGGCAGUAUAAAAUGAUCUGCCAUGUCUUUGAGUCAGAGGAUGCCCAGCUGAUUGCCCAGUCCAUCGGCCAGGCAUUUAGUGUGGCCUACCAGGAGUUCCUCAGAGCAAAUGGAAUCAACCCUGAAGAUCUCAGCCAGAAGGAGUACAGCGAUCUGCUCAAUACCCAGGACAUGUACAAUGAUGAUCUGAUCCACUUCUCCAAGUCAGAAAACUGCAAAGACGUGUUCAUUGAGAAGCAAAAGGGUGAAAUCCUAGGUGUGGUGAUUGUGGAGUCUGGCUGGGGAUCUAUUUUGCCGACAGUUAUCAUCGCCAACAUGAUGCACGGAGGACCAGCGGAGAAAUCGGGAAAGCUAAAUAUCGGAGACCAGAUCAUGUCCAUAAAUGGCACCAGCUUGGUGGGCCUGCCACUCUCCACCUGUCAGAGCAUUAUCAAGGGUUUGAAGAAUCAGGCUCGGGUGAAGCUGAAUAUUGUGAGAUGUCCUCCUGUAACUACUGUCCUAAUCAGAAGACCGGACCUGAGGUACCAGCUGGGCUUCAGUGUACAGAAUGGAAUUAUCUGCAGCCUCAUGAGAGGUGGGAUAGCCGAGCGGGGAGGCGUGCGAGUGGGCCAUCGGAUCAUUGAGAUCAAUGGACAGAGCGUGGUUGCCACACCCCACGAGAAGAUCGUCCACAUUCUCUCCAAUGCAGUUGGGGAGAUCCACAUGAAGACCAUGCCAGCUGCAAUGUACAGACUGUUGACUGCCCAAGAGCAGCCAGUUUACAUCUAAGACCUUCCCGAUGUGCAUGGAGGAGAUCUCUCCUCACCAGUGGUUGUGUUUCUAGUGCUGCAAUUUUGUGUCUGCAGAGACCAUGUCUUUUCUCACUCUUACUCACUCUCUCUCUCCAUUCUGUUGUGUUUAGGAAGAGCAUUUUCCAUGAGUACUGUACCUUCUCUUUUUCUCGAUUUUGUAUCUUGUUUAAAAAACAAACAAAAAACAAAUGUAGCUCUGUGUGCAAUCCCUCACAGAACAGAAAACAACUUGACCCAAAGAUUCCAGGUGAGAUUCCGAAAACGGCAGUCCUUCCAGAGGGUGCAUAGGGUCAGCUGCUAUUCGGGAGCACCAAUCUACUGAGUAUCGUGGUGAGAAGAAACUCUCUUCCCUGAACAAUUUAAACCUCAUAACAGGAUUGAGUCAUGAGUGAGACAUGGGUGAGUGUGGGAGCCAGCCCUGCAGGGGGAACAUCUGGUUGGUGUUUCUUCACUGUUUAUUUUCAGGAGUAAGAUGGUGAAGGCUGAUCAGCAGAUGUGUUGGAGAAGCUGAGGUGUUCACAAUGACUCCCGGCCUUAUUUUGCCAUUUUCCCCCCCAGGGUUUUGGAGCCAAUCUCCAGUGUUUCCUGUGCAGCAGCAUGUUUUGUCUUUUUAAACCUGGAUGUGAACAAAGGCCUCCUAGCUUCCCGAGUAAGGGAGACUGAAAAAAGAAGGGAAAGAGGUGAAAUUCAACAUGGGCAUACUUCAGCCUUGCUGCUACUUUACCAAACAUCUUCAGGUCCACAAAGCUCACACCCACCCCGUCAACCCACUGCACAGUUUCAGGGCCCCAUCCUUCUUUCCCCACCUCUGUCCUCCACGUGGCUCGAGAUACCAGUGGGGCCAAUCCUGAGUGGCAGAACGAAGCCCGGGCCACUGCUGAAAGUGCGGCCUAACCAGUGACGUGCAGUACCUCUUGUGUGUUGGACACUAAUGACACUCCUUCAGGGAGUCAGGGUGGGGACAAGGCCGCAGCAACACCACAGUGAUCCCAACCGGAGGCCGCAGCCCCACGGAAUGGCGGGCUGGACAGUGGAAUUCCAUGGGAUUGCAGGAAUAGUGAUCAGGAGCCAAAUGGGGAGCUGGGGAGAUAGACCGCAACCCCAAAUUUAUUCCUGGUUUCUUUAGCAGUGGGGUCCUUGAAUUUCCCCUCACAUAGGCCUUAGAUUUUCCGAGCCCAAGAGUUGAUUUCCAUCUGUCUUUGCCAAAUGUCUAUUCUAUGCUCCGGGCCUGAUGUUACAUCCUAAUUUGCAGAUUUAGUAUGUUCAGAUUGUGGCAGGCCUAUUGCUCUAGCUGAAAAUCGUAUCCUUCCUAUCACUAAAAUGCCCCACUGCUCUAUGGAAGUGGGAGAGCAUUUAGCUGGUGUUUGACCACAUCUGCUUCGAUCAGGCACCUCAUACCUGUAGACUUUUAUUUUCAAUUCAGAGGAGAUGGCUCAGUAUCAUCGUUACACUGAGCCAGUUUUUAUGUACCAUUGAUCCAAAGGAUCUUUCCUUCUUCUUUCUUUACUUUUCUUUGUGGCCUCAAUAGUGACAGGUGAAGAGAAAGUUGUGUAGUUGGUGGACCGUAAUAUGAUCUGUUUUGUGCAUCUGGGAAAUGUAUUCAUGUGUUUGCUGAGAUAGGAGUUCAGAUAUAUGGAAACAGCGUCUUGAGAUCAAAGGUGGUUGGUGGGAAUUUAUUUGGGGAACCUUGGGAUGGGGUGGAAAUAGGUCAAUGAAAACAGUUAAAGUAGGGGGACAAAAAAGAGCACCCCCUCCUCUUCCUUCAGAUGGGUUGGUUACCCAAGACCUGUAAUGAAUUUCCAUUAGUACUGUGUUCUAAGGGAGUUUCCUGCUGAAAUCUGAGCUUUCCAAUGCCUUGAAGUUAACAGAAGUUGAACCCUCAGCCUUUCCAUAGGCUAGAACCUCCACCUAAUGAAAACAUCAAUCAAUUUAAUGGUAUUUACUGAGUUCUCACUGUGUACAGAGCACUGUACUAGCUGCUUAGGAAAGUAUAGUUCAGCAGAGUUGGUAGCUACAAUCCCUGUCCACAAGGAGCUUAAAGGCUAUCGUGGAAUUUGCAGGUUACAGAAUAGGAUAAGAGCAAUAAUCCAUUGAACCUUGGCUGAGUAAAUCAAAAUACAGCUUGCUUUAGUGAAAAUGUGAUGACAGGAGAAGGGAAAAGAUUUAUCUGCGAGCACCGUCGGAGUCAAUGUAAAGUGUAAAUGAUUAAGGCAGCAGUCACAGUGCUCCCACCAGAAGGGCAAGAAUAUCAUCAUUCAGAGGCAAUCCACCCCACUUCUGAAUCUUGUGCAACACAGUAAAUGCUCGAUAAAUACCAGUGAUCGAAAGGCAGAGUGGUGAUUCCAAUUAUGUCAGUUGUAGAGACAGCAGAGGGAGAGGUUAUUUAUUCCUCCUGGCCAUGAUUUGGGUCUCAUUGACGGGAGAUACCAAAAUGGCCAAUUUAGUAAGCUGGCGUAGUUUGCAGGUGGAUUUCAGUGUAAAAGUGAUUCGUAACGUUCAUGUUAAAUCAGACUAAGUCCUCCAUUGGUAUGCAUUGCAGGAAAAUGGUGUUUCCCCAGCUAACUGUUUACUGCAACCGUUGGACUGAACAAGUAGACUGUAUAUGGUUUGUGAGUAGAGAUUUCUACUGUAACAGGUUUGCCAAGAUCAUUUGAAAAAUGUCUUUUCCUGACUUUCCCAUCUGUGUCGUGGUAGAUGUUGAUAUGGCACUGAACAUGUACACUCAUGCAGAACAGUCUUCCCAAAAGUUGCCUGGGUUCAGAAAAUGCUGCCAACUGAUAGUGGUGAACGACUCCUAGGGUUACCAGCCUCCUUUACCCUGAAGUGGCCUCAGCAAGAGCCCAACCCCGGUCCCUGGAAAUGGGCCGUGCGACCUUGGGUCGGGGCAGCAGAUGGGAUAGACUCGAAACCAUUCAAGUCCUUCCUUCCCCUCUAUUCCCCAUCCCACCCCAGGGCUCUGGUAAAUUACAAAGGAAAUACUCUUACAGGUGGGAUCUGGUCUUGGGCCACUUUUGUGGGCUGAUUCUUCCCCUCCGCCUCACUCCCUUUGCCUCUAAAAACAGGAGGCGGCAGCAUUUUAAAAUAUUUCCUCAUGCAUUGGCCCAGCAAAGUUCCCACAGAUUUCCCUUUCUCUGGGCAGUGAGGUCUGCGAGCUUGCUUCCUGUCACAUAAGUGUUCUCAGUGUUUACAUUAAGGGAUAGAUCCUGUCCCUUUCUCGACUUGACGGGUUUGAACCUUCGUUCAUUUGUUCGAAUCUCAUGAUCAUUCAAUACUUGGUUUGGGUUUACUUGAAUGCAGGACUUGGGUUUUUGUUUUUUGGUGUUUCCCCCCCCACCCUCCCCCGAAUAAAGUUAGUGUCUGAAGACACUGAUGUGGGUGUGAGAUCUCUUGUACAUAUUUAGCACAGUACCUAGAUUAUGGCGUUGUAUUAUUGUUCUGUAAAGAGGGUGAAAUAGAAAUUCUUGUAAAGCGUUGGGAAAAGUAUAGUAUUGUAUUUGUAACAAUAUUGUUCUUUGUAUACACUAAACUCAAUGAUUGCUAUAUAUAAAUAUAAAUAAAUAUAUAAAUAAAUAUAUAUAUAUAUAAAGAUGUAUGUGAGCCUGGAAUGUGGAUACUGCACAUCUACUGAAUGUAAUUCCUCUGACAUUUUUGGUCACAGGCCUCUGACCCUCCUUCUGUAACGCCGCUACAGUCGUUUGAUUUUUCGGUUGUGACGUAUUUACUGUGCUACCUUCCUUUAUUUAACUGAGCGCUGGUGUCUGUAAGAUUUGCAACAACAAUAAAAAAAAAUACAUCUUGGA